AUGUGUCACAUGAAGGCCAGUCAGUGUGGGGAUGUUACAGAGAAUGGAAUGAAGCAGAAGCAGGCCUUCGGGUGUCUUCUCCGCAAUUCUCACUUUCCUGCAGCAGCAGCCGCCGCCGCCCUGCAGCAGCAGCCGCCGCCGGGCCUGCAGCAACACACGCCGCCGCCCUGCAGCAGCAGCCGCCGCCGGGCCUGCAGCAACAGACGCCGCCGCCCUGCAGCAGCAGCCGCCGCCAGGCCUGCAGCAGCAGCCGCCGCCAGAGCCUGCAGCAGCAGCCACCGCCAGAGCCUGCAGCAGCAGCCACCGCCAGAGUCUGCAGCAGCAGCCGCCGCAAGAGCCUGCAGCAGCUGCCGCCACCGAUCCAACAGCAGCAGCCGCCGCCGCUCUGCCGCAGCAGCCACCGCCACCCAGCAGCAGCAGCCGCCGCCCUGCAGCAGCAGCCGCCGCCAGGCCUGCAGCAGCAGCCGCCGCCAGAGCCUGCAGCAGCAGCCACCGCCAGAGAUUGCAGCAGCUGCCGCCCCUGGACCCGGUACGCUCUGUGCUGCCCUGCCUGUGCUGCCCUGUACUGCCCUGCCUGUGCUGCCCUGUACUGCCCUGCCUGUGCUGCCCUGUGCUGCCCUGCCUGUGCUGCCCUGUGCUGCCCUGCCUGUGCUGCCCUGUGCUGCCCUGCCUGUUGCUGCCCGUGCUUGUGCUGCCCGUGCCUGUGCUGCCCGUGCCUGUGCUGCCUGUGCCUGUUGCUGCCCGUGCCUGUGCUGCCCGUGCCUGUUGCUGCCCGUGCCUGUUGCUGCCCGUGCCUGUGCUGCCCGUGCCUGUGCUGCCCGUGCCUGUGCUGCCCGUGCUUGUGCUGCCCGUGCCUGUGCUGCCCGUGCCUGUGCUGCUCGUGCCUGUGCUGCCCGUGCCUGUGCUGCCCGUGCCUGUGCUGCCCGUGCCUGUGCUGCCUGUGCCUGUUGCUGCCCGUGCCUGUGCUGCCCGUGCCUGUGCUGCCCGUGCCUGUUGCUGCCCGUGCCUGUGCUGCCCGUGCCUGUGCUGCCCGUGCCUGUGCUGCCCGUGCCUGUGCUGCCCGUGCCUGUUGCUGCCCGUGCCUGUGCUGCCCGUGUCUGUGCUGCCCGUGCCUGUGCUGCCCGUGCCUGUGCUGCCCGUGCUUGUGCUGCCCGUGCCUGUGCUGCCCGUGCCUGUGCUGCCUGUGCCUGUUGCUGCCCGUGCCUGUGCUGCCCGUGCCUGUGCUGCCCGUGCCUGUGCUGCCCGUGCCUGUUGCUGCCCGUGCCUGUGCUGCCCGUGCCUGUGCUGCCCGUGCCUGUGCUGCCCGUGCUUGUGCUGCUCGUGCCUGUGCUGCCCGUGCCUGUGCUGCUCGUGCCUGUGCUGCCCGUGCCUGUGCUGCCCGUGCCUGUGCUGCCCGUGCCUGUGCUGCCUGUGCCUGUUGCUGCCCGUGCCUGUGCUGCCCGUGCCUGUGCUGCCUGUGCCUGUUGCUGCCCGUGCCCAUGCUGCCCGUGCCUGUGCUGCCCGUGCCUGUGCUGCCCGUGCCUGUGCUGCCCGUGCCUGUUGCUGCCCGUGCCUGUGCUGCCCGUGCCUGUGCUGCCCGUGCCUGUGCUGCCCGUGCCUGUGCUGCCCGUGCCUGUGCUGCCCGUGCCUGUGCUGCCCGUGCCUGUGCUGCCUGUGCCUGUUGCUGCCCGUGCCUGUGCUGCCCGUGCCUGUGCUGCCCGUGCCUGUGCUGCCCGUGCCUGUUGCUGCCCGUGCCUGUGCUGCCCGUGCCUGUGCUGCCCGUGCCUGUGCUGCCCGUGCCUGUUGCUGCCCGUGCCUGUGCUGCCCGUGCCUGUGCUGCCCGUGCCUGUUGCUGCCCGUGCCUGUGCUGCCCGUGCCUGUGCUGCCCGUGCCUGUGCUGCCCGUGCCUGUGCUGCCCGUGCCUGUGCUGCCCGUGCCUGUGCUGCCCGUGCCUGUGCUGCCCGUGCCUGUUGCUGCCCGUGCCUGUGCUGCCCGUGCCUGUGCUGCCCGUGCCUGUGCUGCCCGUGCCUUGCUGCCCGUGCCUGUUGCUGCCCGUGCCUGUGCUGCCCGUGCCUGUGCUGCCCGUGCCUGUGUUGCCCGUGCCUGUGCUGCCUGUGCCUGUUGCUGCCCGUGCCUGUGCUGCCCGUGCCUGUGCUGCCCGUGCCUGUUGCUGCCCGUGCCUGUGCUGCCCGUGCCUGUUGCUGCCCGUGCCUGUGCUGCCCGUGCCUGUGCUGCCCGUGCCUGUGCUGCCCGUGCCCGUGCUGCCCGUGCCUGUUGCUGCCCGUGCCUGUGCUGCCCGUGCCUGUGCUGCCCGUGCCUGUGCUGCCCGUGCCUGUGCUGCCUGUGCCUGUUGCUGCCCGUGCCUGUGCUGCCCGUGCCUGUGCUGCCCGUGCCUGUGCUGCCCGUGCCUGUUGCUGCCCGUGUCUCGUGCUCGCGCCCCCCUGUCGCUGA